CUUCGGUUCAUCAGCCUCAACUCAUCACAUUUGGGGCCGUCGGGUGUUCGUCACUCUACUACUCCCUUUUUUGGAGAAAAGAUCCUCCAACCCAAACAAGCCUUACAAUUUUAGGGUUUUUCUUUAAAAUUUAUCAGAAAAAAAUCAUCGAAUCUCCAGCCAAAGGAAGUAAUCCAAACCCUCUUUUCGCAGCGUUUCAGAUCAAAUCCUAUUUCAAGAACCACUUUUUUCACUCAAUUCAGAUUUUGGCAAAAAUGACUCAAGACGUUGAGAUGAAGGAGCAGCAGGCCGCCCCAUCCAAUUCCCUUUCUUCGACUUCGCCCUCUACUCUGCAGCAUUUGAAAGACAUAGCUGCAUGGAUUGAAACGGGAGCUUACACCCGGGAGGUUCGGAGGAUUGUGAGGGCUAUUCGGUGGACAAUCCAGCUGAGGAAAAAGCUGAAUGCUUCAGUGCUUUCUGCGUUUCUUAAUUUUUCACUUGUGCCUGGAUCUGAGGUGCAUUCUCGUUUGUCUUCAUAUGUUCCUAAGGAGGAUGAGCAGGAUAUGGAAGUGGACACUGCAACAUCUACUACUCAAGCUCCUGCAAAGCAUUCCUUGCCUGAACUUGAGAUCUAUUCCUAUUUGCUUGUUCUAAUAUUUUUGAUUGAUCAGAAGAGAUACAAUGAGGCUAAGGCUUGUUCUUCGGCCAGCAUUGCACGUCUAAAGAACCUUAAUAGACGAACUGUUGAUGUCCUGGCAUCCAGGCUCUACUUUUACUACUCUCUAAGCUAUGAACUUACUGGUGAUCUUGCUGAGAUACGAGGGACUUUACUUGCUUUGCACCGGACUGCAACUUUGCGGCAUGAUGAAUUGGGGCAGGAAACUCUUUUGAAUCUGUUGCUGAGGAAUUACCUCCAUUACAAUUUGUAUGAUCAAGCAGAGAAACUGAGAUCGAAGGCUCCGCGUUUUGAAGCACACUCAAAUCAGCAGUUCUGUCGAUACCUCUUUUACCUUGGCAAAAUCAGGACAAUUCAGCUAGAGUACACUGAUGCUAAAGAGUCCCUCCUCCAAGCUGCCAGGAAAGCACCUGUUUCUGCUUUAGGUUUCCGAAUUCAAUGCAACAAGUGGGCUGUGAUUGUCCGCUUACUGCUCGGAGAGAUUCCAGAAAGAACUGUUUUUAUGCAGAAAGGGAUGGAAAAAGCUUUGAGGCCCUACUUCGAGCUGACAAAUGCCGUUCGGAUUGGAGACUUGGAGCUGUUCAAAACGGUGGCUGAGAAGUUUGCCAGCACUUUUAGCUCUGACCGAACAAACAAUUUGAUUGUCAGGCUACGGCAUAAUGUCAUUAGGACUGGUUUACGCAACAUUAGUAUUUCAUACUCCCGGAUCUCACUUGCUGAUGUUGCUAAGAAAUUGAGAUUGGAUUCUGCAAAUCCUGUUGCUGAUGCUGAAAGUAUUGUAUCUAAAGCAAUUCGAGAUGGUGCAAUUGAUGCCACAUUAGACCACACUAAUGGAUGGAUGGUGUCAAAGGAGACUGGGGACAUUUACUCCACAAAUGAGCCUCAGAUUGCAUUUAACUCAAGGAUUGCAUUUUGCUUGAAUAUGCACAAUGAAGCAGUGCGUGCCCUUCGAUUUCCACCAAAUUCCCACAAGGAAAAGGAAAGUGCUGAGAAGAGAAGAGAGAGACAACAGCAAGAGCAAGAGCUUGCAAAACACAUAGCUGAGGAGGAUGAUGAUGAAUUCUGAUGAUAAGGGUCAUAUGCUUGCAUUGUUGGUUUGUUUCUGAUGUGGUGUGCCAUGAUUAUCAAUUUUUUUUACAAGGAUUUCUCUCAGAUUGGCGGAGCUACUAGCCUUCUGUAGCCUCUCGCCUUCACUGCAUGCUGGUAUUAGCUGGUCUGGCCCCAAGUAUUUGUUGGUUACUUCUUUUGGACUAAACCACAAAAUGACUGCUGUAUUUGUUUAAGAACUCCUAUGACCUAAACUGGAAGUUUUAUAAGGAAUCAUACUUGUGUUGAACAUGAAGCAAAUUUGUGCACAUUUAAUUUUUUCGGAGUACAUUA